AUGAAGCAUCUCUUCAACCACGUCAACAUCCACAAUCAACAACGCGUCACGUGGGAGAACUUCGUGAACUACCUGGUCGCCGAGGCGAGCAAUGACACACCAGGAACAAGACUCAGCAACUACUCCUUCAAUCAGUUUACGUUCUCGCGGCGGCUGCGGAGCCAAUCUAAGCCUUCGCAGAAGCUGCGGAAACCAAAGAAGAGCACCUCCGCCGAGAAACUCACAUUCAAGCGCUACUGUCGCGGCGUCCAGGAAGUCCCUAAAGCAGCUCGCACGUCGGCCGACCAAGAGGGCGUCACCGGACGCGGGCGCGCUGCAGCGGACGUUCGCGAGGACGAGGAUCUCGGCCUCAUUCGCUUCCUCGACGGCCUGCCUGGACACAGGUCGCUGUUCUUUGCGUCUACCCGAAGCUGCCCUUUCAUGCUUUAUUCGAAGAACACCCUCGAGCGUGUCUACUCGGCACCACCGAAUAUGCUCCCGGGAGUGAUCCCCUCGGCUGUUUGUUACCUGGCUGCGCACGACCUGUUCGUGUGCUACUCUCCGGACGAUCGACUGUUGCGCGGUUGGGGUGCACUCCUCUCGAACGGCCUCACGGGCACGACGAUCACGCCACUGCUGCUGGAGGGUUUAGUGCGUCGCAUCCAGGUGAUGCCGCGGGAAUCGCCCACCUACGCCGAUUACAUGGAGACGCUCUUCCUCGGCAACAGUCUUGGGCAGGUGCUGCGCGUCACGGCACCUCACGGGCACAGCGGUGGGAUGGAGUUCACAGUGGCGCAGACCUAUGCCAACCUUCACACACGCACAUCCGGCGGCCUUGUCGACUUCUGCGUGUACGGGGUGCACCUGUACUCUUCCGGCUUUGACGGGAGACUCGUGGCGACAUCUCUGCUCACAGGGAAGUCGUGCGAGCUUGGCAGGGUCGCCAAUGAGCAUUUGACGACGCUCGUGUACGUCGCAGGGCACGACUGGGUGGUGGCAGCGACCUCGUGUGGGCGCCAGCUGCUUUGGUGGGAGGCACACUCGCACGGCACUUUGCCUGGCACAUUAUUCGACGUAUCCGGCCACGGCGAACACAAUGCAUGCAUCAUUGCACUCGUUCAUGUGGCGGCAGCGGACCAGGUGGUGAGCGCCGACUGCGAGGGCGUCGUAAAAGUCUGGGACGCGUCUACGCAGCGGUGUGUGCAGUCGUUCCGAAGCAGUCGCGUACCGCAGCGGCACAAGGGUUCGCUGUGCAGUGUGCCGGCGAAUGAGGCGAAGGCGUCAUCAGCCAACACGCGCACCGCGGCACACGCCGGCAGCGGCCUGCUCGCCGGCAAUCUUGCAGGCCUCUUUGUCAAUCUUGGACUGCUUGCCUUGCUGCCGGCUGGUGCGGGACAGGCGGGCCACGUCGGUGGCCCCCAAUGCCACAGCUUGAUUUACUGUGCGUCGACGCAAGAGCUACUCUGCGGCUUCUCCAACUCCAUCGUCUGCUGGGGGCUACAUGGUCGCGACAGCCCACUCGUGUGUGACGCGGAGGAGGUGUGCUACGAUGUCUUCUAUGACAUUCGGACCCGCACGUUCUUCGUGCAGGGCGCGACGCGGCUUAGCGUGUGGGAUGGCGUACACGGGCACCGUCGCGGUGUGCUGAGUCAGGUGACGGAGUCCGGCGUAUCGCAAGUUGGCGCCGAUAUCAAGGCGGUGUGCAUUGACGAGCUCGGCAGCCGCGUGUUUAUAUCACUAAGCGAUGGGAGUGUUGUGUGGCACGCAACACAGAAGCUGGUGUCGGAUGCCUCACAAUGCACACCCGCCACGGCGGCAGUCUGGUGGCAUGCCAAGUCCUCGGGCUCUGGUGCCGACGGGGGUGGGCCGCCGUUCGUGGAGCAGAUGCACUACUCGUCGAUCUCGCGGACCUGGAUCGCCAUCACCUCCAAUGGGACCCUACUGGUGCGAUCGGAGGAGGACAAUCAGGAGGUGGGCUUUUCGGCCACCAUUUCCGUUUCUGCGUCGCCCUUGGCUCAACUGCGCGUGUCGGAGGAGCUGGGGCUUGUCGCCGUGACGGAUGUGCAGCGCACUGUGUACAUCUACGACAUGCAGGCGUGGACGGACGCGCCGGUUACGAAGAGGCUUACCAUGUACGGUAGUCUUGUGGACCUGAUUUUCCUCGACAGUGCACCAGCGUUGGUGACGGUGCACGCCGGUGGCGUUUGCCGAUGCUGGUCAUGCGCGCCAGCGGUGGAGCGGUUCAAGCUGCUGAGCGUUUUUUGCCAUCCGCAGCAUCCCGCCCCUAAACUCGCUACAGCUGCCACCGUGGAAACAGAGCGUGCGUGGAUGCAGGCAAUGGGGCGGACGCACCUUGCCAGCGCGGGGACGACGCGAGGACGGCCGCACAUGCAGUCACCAGCCACGUCACCAUGCUAUAACACUAUUGCGGCCCCAACCACUGGCAUCCACAACACCUUGCAGAUGACUGGCGCGAGCGCAUCGCCGCUGGGGUUCAUGUUGCCUAAGCUCGCCUGUUUCUCUCGCCCUGGCUCUGCAUGCGUUGCAUCACGACCGGCCACGCCGGCGCUGUGCACAUCACAGCGCGGCUCAUUGAAUCCGCUGCGACUGGGCUCGGUCCUUGAGCGAACCUCACCCGAUCAGACGGAGGUUUCAUGUGAGGGCGCAUCGUCCCUCAUGAAGUUAUCCAUGCUCACGGGAAGGCCGGCCACCGAGGCACUGCAAGACACUAGGGCUGGCGAUGGCUGGACUGCGACCGCGGCGACCCCGACCGCAUCCGUCGAGUUCACCUCCGCGGCUUACGACGGGCGGCAACAUUACUUGUUCCUUGGCGACUCUGAGGGUGUCGUGCACACCUAUAGCAUGUGUCCCCUUCUCCAAGCGUACACGUUGCCUCGUUGCUCUUAUGCGAGCCGGCCAGCGUUCUCGCUGACAGCCGUGACGGACUUCACUGGAGCGGAUGCCGACGACGGUUUCGCAGCCCCGAAACUGGUGCGGUCGGUGCAAGUGCACUUGAGCCAGAGUACCACAACAGAGCGAGGUGCAGAAGCCCGCGCAGGUUGCACGUAUCGCGGCAAUAUGUCGACAGCGACCCGGCGCGACAGUGAUCGGUGCGGUGUGGUUUGCGUGCGGUGGCUGGACGAUCGUGGUGUGCUUGCUACCUCUGGCUACGACCAGGAGGUGUGGUUCCUCGAUUGUAAUACAGGAGAAAAGGUUGCCUGCUUGUCGACAGAGCAGCGAUUUUCUGGAGCCGAUCGCGCCCAUCAGUCCCUGACGGCUUCGAGGCAGCAGCACGGAGGGCCGACGCAAGAGUCGACGGUCCUAAAUGGGGUGUGCAACAGACACAAGGCCGAGGCUGCUAGCACGCUGCCCUCUCACAGUGCCUUUAGUCUGCCCCAGCCGCCGCGCCACAACGAUCUGAACGACGACGGCGCCGCUGCCUUCCUCACAGGGACAUCGCAGCUGUGCUGCUGCACGCGCGGCAGUAGAAACGAGGAAGCGCCUGUGAUAGAGGAGGGCGGAGGGACCGUGUCGCCGGCGCCGUGGAGUCAACAGGAGGGUAGCGCGCUGGCUUCCUUGCCGAAUGCACGAUACGCACCGGUGAACUCCCACCGGCCGGCGUCUUCUGUACGCCAGAGAUGCGCGUCUUCCAGCACCCUCUCUCGCUACUCGGUCCCGGAGUUGAUCGCGACCGCUAAGCAUGACCGCGCACCGACGGGGCUGAAGGACGGCAUACAGGGGCUGAAGGACCAGCGCGGUAGCUUUCUCUUGCGUCCCUCAUCGUGCUCACCGACAAAGGAACAAGCGCUUUCCAACGACGCGCCUCGUGGUUGGAGACCCCUCUCACAUUACAACACCUCAUUGCUCGCCGGCAGCCCGCUCGAGAGGGGCGACAGCCCACGAGACGCCACGUCUGCGGCGCUGAGCGCGUCGCGCACUUCCGACUGCGACGGUGGCACGCAGAUUCACAUCGCAGACUGGCAGAAGCGUGACUUGAUGGCGAUGCGCGAGUCGCGGGGGGUGAAGCCGCACGCGCCGGUGCAGCCGGGCUUGCACAACACGCUGGUGCACGUGGAGGAGAGCAAGUGGCACAGUGCGGGAGUGACGGGGCAGCGCGUUCUUUUGGGUGCAGCCGACGGUGUCUCCAGGCAUGCGGCGCGAACUGCCACCGCAGCAGCCGCAGCACCGGCACUCACCGGCGCUGCGGUCCCACAAACCGAAACGGCAUCUGCGUCGAGCGCCCUGAGCCUGUCGACGAAUAUGGCGACGUCGAACAGCCUCCGAGGCGAAGCUGCAGCGAGGUCGGCAGAGAUAAGCGGCAACAUCGGUUCGUUCAGCGUCCAGGAAGUCCCGGCAGUGAUCGAGUCCUGCGGCGCUGUGAGCAGGCCUUCGUGCAAUAGGACCAGAAUCGCGGAAGCGCUAGCGCUGUGCGUCUCCGGAUGCGCGCUGACGACCUCCGCUGUUGACGAGGGCAGAAGCGCAGCGGCACAUCAACAGCAGCAGAAGCAGCCGUACCUACCACAAGGAGCACGCGGGGGGAGAAUCCGACCCGACUCAGAGAGCAACUCCUCUGCGCAGCGUCACGGGAGCUCUUCACGAGUGCCGCUCGCGCAGCCAUCGGCGCCCGGACACCGCACACCUUUUGACGCGCUGCCGCCUCCCCAGAAGGCCCUACGGAAAGAUGGCAGUGGAGAGAUGACUUCUUCCUCGACUGCGUUGGGCGUGACGACGUGUUCCCCUUCCCAGGACACCGCAGCGCGGGCCCAAUCGUUCGCCUCUGCGAACGCCCUGCGCCGACCGCCUAUGCUGGCCUACAGCAACGAGUGCGAGGGGAGGUCGACGUUGGAGAUGUACUCUAGUGAACUCCAUUGGUGCCUCCGGCAACCGCGUCGAUGA